GGGGUGCGGGCCUUUGAUGUAGCUGAACCUCCCAGGCCUGGCGAUGCCUGUUUCCAGCCCUGACGGAGGGCGGGAGGCUGGCUCCGGGUGUGUCCUCGGCGUGCGAGCCCUUUGCUGGUCUCACGGUCUCCGGGCUGCACACGGGCUCCGGGCUGCGGGGUUCGGCGUCUGAGCUCGCGGCCCAUUAGCUUCUGGCCGCGGGACUGCCGUUGGGUUCAUACUUUCCGCUUGAAACAUCGCCUCUGUGCCUUCCAAGCUGGGAGACAGGAAGUCGACACAUCGAGGGUGGGGUGGGGUCCGGGAGGCCGGAUCUCACAAGCCUCCGGGCUGCGGCCUCCACGGGGGCUCCUUCCGACUGGCGACAGCCAUGGAGAGGCGCUGGGGACUGUUCUGGGUCGCGGUGCUGGGCUUUGUGCUGUGCGUCCAAGGUCAACGUGACUUUGAUUUGGCCGAUGCCCUCGAUGACCCUGAACCCACCAAGAAGCCAAGCUCAGAUAUCUACCCCAGACCGAAGCCCCCAUAUCACCCACAGCCAGGCAUGCCCGACAACAGCGGAGGCAUCUACCCCAGACCGAAGCCCCCGUAUCACCCACAGCCAGGCAUGCCCGACAACAGUGGAGAUAUCUACCCCAGACCGAAGCCCCCGUAUCACCCACAGCCAGGCAUGCCCGACAACAGCGGAGGCAUCUACCCCCGGCCGAGGCCACCCCCGCACCCCCAGCCCGGCGGUUCCGACAGUGGUGGAGGUUACUUUGGGAACAGGGACCAGGAUGAUGGCCGCUACCCGCCCAGGCCCAGGCCGCCCGCAGCUGGCGGUGGUGGCUACUAUCCCAACAAUGACGGCCACGGAAACGCUUAUGGAGGAGGGCGUUCUAGACCCAACUCUUACGGAAAUAAUUAUGGCGGAGACGGAUACUCCACGUACGGCAACCAGCAAGGUAACACAAUAGCGAAAAUCGUGUCCCCCAUCGUGUCCGUGUUGGUGGUCAUGCUGGUGGGUGCUGCCACGGGGUGGUUCCAGCGAAACAGGAGGAGAAAUUGUUUCAGGACAAGAGAACCAGAGCACGUGUGACGGCUUCAGGAUCCCGCGGUUGUUUUGAGAGAAGCUCAGUGUAGACGAGGUCCCCGUGUAUCGCUCCCGUGACAGCUCCUUCCAUUGCGGACGUCAUCGCCACCCUAAAGCGUCUCUGUCUGGAGGGGACCGAUCGCCUGACAAAGAAUUUCUGAUCUGCCGGGCGGGGGGGGGGGGGUGUUUAUAAAGAUAUGUUAGCCAAGCCUUGGGUCCUAAGAAGACGGUCUGACCUGCACGUUCGAUGACUCCUUUGACCAGAUUGCGAGGCUGUGGUGGGUUCCCCAGAACUACCUCAUGGUGCAGGAUGCGCACAUUGUCCCAAAGUACAACGGGGGUGCAAAGGCAUAAGGGGUCUCGGGCUGUGGGGUGCUGUCUUCUUCUGGGGGUUUUGGGGGACCCUCCGAGGGUUUCCAGUGGGCUCUGGGGAGAAACCUGAUCCAUGGGAAGUCUUCCCCAAGGAGCCAGCACGCCCCCCUUCCAGCUGGAACAGCAGGAUUCCCGCUUCUCAGUGCUGGCCGUGACCAUGUAACCCUUAUUAGCACACAGUAAGGCUGGCAUUUCCAGUUGCUGGUGCAUACACUCCCUGAUGUGCAAGACAUUGUGGGCAAUCUGUGCAGACUUUUCUCUUUUUUUCCUGCGAAAUCUUAUGAUUUUGGUAUUUUGGGAAGGGAGAAAAUUGGGGCUGGCAGUCAUGAUUUGUGCCUGUUGAGUCUUCCCGUAUUAUUUUUCAUGUGAUAGUCUGUAGGCAACUGUGUUGAAGGCAAUGGCAUCCUUUUCCUUGGUUUCUACCUUUUUCCGCCCCUUUUUACUGGAGUAGAAAAUUCUAAGUCCUCAGGCAUCUAAAAAGCAUACUAGGUAUUUGCUUCUAUUUUAGCAACAUUUUAGGGGAAGCUGGGAAAAAGGAAGGAUUUGGGCUCAUUGAUAGAAUUUCAUUCAAUUAACGUAAAUACUUAUAGGACUUUCGGAGUUUGCCCUAAAUAUCAGCACUGAACAUAAAGAUAGUUACUGCAAUCCAGAACUCAUCAGGAGGACCCAGGAAAGUCCUAAAUUGUUGUAUGCACCGUGCUCCUGGGUAUGGACUGGGAGGUAGGUCUCCAGGGAGGAUGUGAAUGCAGAAAGACCUAGAAAUACCUCCCCAAAUAGAAAAGGGAAUUUACAGCUAACGCUCUUGAUGUGAUGUGAUUCAUAUGUGAUUGGAGCACUUUCAAGAUGGCCGUGGUUACCAUCUGGUUGCUAUCGGGAUGGGAAUGUCCUCCGACGUUUCUCCAGUGUCCCCAUCGAGUGGCAAAGCCUCGUGGCCCCAACACUCUUUCUGUAGUCUUUUCUGUGGGUUUCGGUAGGAGUUUUUUUUGAGUCUUGAUAAAAAGUAUGCGUGUGUGUGGACAGACAGACACAUGCACACCAUCACAGACACUCCUGGACGGAAUGGAAGCAUUCAUAAUGACAUAUGUCCAUCGGUUUCCUGUAACUGCCAUAAGUACAUUUUUAUCGUGUAAAAGAAAUGUAAAAAAAAAAAAUAAAGUAAAAAGAUGUCUUCUUUGUUUCCCACCGACGUUGAUGAAACAGCACUGGAAAAUAAAAAUCAUAAGGCAUCGAGUAAA